AUGAGGUUCACGAAGCCGGAAUGGGUCAUGCACAAAGACUCCGCCAUGCGCGGCGACACGAACGAGAAGCGCGUCUCGAUGUUUUCCUGCCAUGUGCACCCCGACGGCUCGCGGAUCGCAACCGGCGGGCUCGACGCCAAGGUGCGCAUCUGGUCGACGCGCCCGAUCCUGAGCAGCGCCGCCGAGGCGUCCGGCCGGCCGGCCAAGUCGCUCUGCACGCUCACAAUGCACACCGGUCCGGUGCUCGUCGUCCGCUGGGCGCACUCGGGGCGGUGGCUCGCGAGCGGGAGCGACGACGAGAUCGUGAUGAUUUGGGACUUGGACCCGAAUGCGAAGGGGAAGGUGUGGGGGUCGGACGAGGUCAAUGUGGAGGGUUGGAAGCCCCUCAAGCGACUUGUCGGACACGAGAGUGAUGUCACGGACGUUGCGUGGUCUCCGGGGGAUCGGUAUUUGGCCUCGGUGGGAUUGGACUCAGCCGUGUUCGUUUGGUGUGGAUUUACGCUGGAGAGACUUCGCAAGAUUGACCAACAUCAAGGCUUUGUGAAGGGUGUAUGCUGGGACCCUGUCGGAGAGUUCCUUGCCACUGGCUCUGACGAUAGGUCUGUACGAAUAUGGAGGACAACCGACUGGGAGCUGGAGGCGGAGGUCAAGAAACCUUUUGACCAUUCCCCGGGCACUUUCUUCAGGAGGUUGAGUUGGUCGCCGGAUGGCGCGCAUAUAACAGCUUCAAAUGCCACAAACAACGAUGGCUAUGUUUUCAUCGCCGCAGUGAUCUCAAGAAAUUCGUGGACAUCAGAAAUCAGUUUGGUAGGGCACGAGAAUACAAUAGAGGUCGCCGCGUACAACCCCCACAUCUUCUUAAGAGACCCUUCACAACCAAUCGCGGCCCAUAAUAUCUGUUCCGUGGUGGCACUUGGUGCAGACGACCGCGCAGUGUCCGUCUGGCAAACAAAAGCCCCUCGUCCGCUGGUUGUCGCCAAGGAUGUGUUCGAACGCCAAAUCAUGGAUCUCAGCUGGUCAAAGGACGGACUCACUCUGUACGCCGUGUCAUCAGACGGAACUAUGGCGGUGUUCAACUUCGACGUUGACGAGCUGGAAGGGAUCUCUCCACAAUCUGCCCAAGACCAAUACCUCAAGCGGUUUGGCUUCGUGGCACCUCCGCUUCCCGAAGGUUUCUCGCACCAGGGCCCAGAGGAGCCCACCCGCGCUUCUAUCAACCGUAUCACCCCCCCUCCCUCGCCUCGUGGGCACACGCAAGACUUCGGUGUCGCCUCAACCCCCGGCCCCACUGGAGAGCAUAUUAACACGCUUGUGGCGAAGCGCAAGCCAAAGAAGCGUCUCCAGCCCAUACCCGCUAGCUCCGUCCCUUCCUCCUCCCUCAACGGCAUCCUUUCCUCCAGAGCAGCCGCCCGCUUCCCCAACGCCUCCCAAGUGCAGAUCAACGUACCAUCUACCUCCGCGCUGCCGCUCGCCGUCUCACAGCCAUUCGGGAGCGCGAGCGGGUUCGGGCUGGGGCUCAGCACUGGAGCCGGGGACGACUUCGCGAUGGACGUGGAUGAGGGCGAGGUCCGCAUCUCGUCGUUAGACACAACCGCGCAGAGCGGCAGGGGCAAGCGGCGUGCGGGCGACGACUUCGAUGAGCGCGGAUCCACGAUCAAGCCUCGCACACUCGGUGGAGACCGAGUGCGCGAGAGUGUUGCGGCUCGCCCGUUGGCGAGUCGUGCACCAGUGUCGUCUGCGAGCAUGAGCGGAGGAGCCGGUUGGGCCGAAGGGUCGAGUCUGGCCGGAUUGUUGGUGCCGCCGCAGUUGGUUACGUAUCUGAAGGCUGGUAUUGAAGGGAGCGACGACAUCGUUGAGGGCAGAAACUCGGAAGAAGAUGAACCUAAUGAGGUGCUCUACGUGAGCGGGAAGCAGACGCAAUGGCUCGACUACGUACAGUCACCGAUCCUGGCGCUCACUGCGACAGCCUCAUUCUGUGCGGCCGCAAUGCAAGAUGGAUCCGUGAAUGUAUAUUCACAUACAGGGAGGAGAAUUAUGCCGUCCCUGAGUCUCGGCUCCCAAUGCUACGCCCUCUCCGGCGCCAAGAACAUGCUCAUGGCCCUCACCGCCUCUGGCAUGCUCUACGUCUGGGACGUCAAGAAGCAAGCCGCCAAGUUCCCACCCACCUCCAUCUCCCCCAUCCUCGCCUCCCCCAACAGCACCAUCCUCUCCGCCGCGGUCCGGCCGAACGGAACGCCCGUCCUCCAGCUCGGCGACGGCCUCGCGCAUUCGUAUGACGCCCUCCUCUGCGCAUGGACGAAGCUCGCGGAGCCGUGGUGGGCCGAAGGUUCGGACGCGUGGCAGGGCCGGUCGCGGUCAAGCGCCGCCGCCGCCGCGCGCGGGCCGCUCACCACGCUCGAGAGCGCGAUCGCGGAGCGGGUGAGCCCGGACGACGGGCGCGCGGAGAAGGUGCGGCCGACGUGGUGGGGCGCGGCGAUGACGCUUGGGCACCUGGAGAGCAAGCUGCACGCGGCGCGGGCGUUGGAGAGCCCGCAGGAAUACAAGCAGGCGCUGCUGCUGUACGCGAAGCGGAUCGCGGACGAGGGGUUCCGCGGGAAGGCGGAGGAGCUGGUGAAGGAGCUGUUUGGGCCGGUGUAUUGGCGUCCUGGGAGGGACGACUCGUGGUGUCCUACUGUUGCUGGCACGCCCAAGCGGGACCUCCUGAAGGAGGUGUUGACCAUCUUCGUGCGAAGCAAGACGCUUGCGAAGCUCGGGCUGGACUGGCAAGACAUUCUCAAGCGGUCUCUUCAGCAGGACGAUUGA